AGGCGCCUAUUCCAACCAGCUCAGUGGGCCCCUGCCUGAGGGCAUCGGCGCUCUCACUGCCCUGGAGAAAUUAUAUUUGUAUUCUAACCAGUUGGAAGGGCCCCUCCCCACAUCCUUCACCCAGCUGACCGCUCUAACCGCUUGUGAACUGAGCAACAACCGUCUCACGGGAUCUCUACCAGAAGAGAUUGGAAGCAUCUCCAAUCUGGUAAACCUGCGUGCCAACGAUAACCUCAUAUCAGGCCCCCUGCCCACCUCUCUAAGAGCCAUGACUUCUCUCGCCAACCUGGAGAUGCAGAACAACAACCUGAGUGGGCCCUUUCCUUCCCAACUGGCAACUGUUAGAUCACUUAUCAAUCUUCGGUUGCAGAACAACGCAUUCAGUGGCCCCCUUCCGGACCAGUGGGCAACUACCAAGAUUAUGGAGCUUGAUAUCAGUCAGAAUCAGCUGUCUGGCACGAUCCCCUUGGCGAUUGGAGGCCUCUUCCAGCUGCGCACAUUUGACCUCAAUCACAACCAGCUGUCUGGCACGAUACCUGACGAUAUCACAGGCUUGGUCUACCUCACACUGCUGGACCUGAGCUCAAACCGUCUCAGUGGCACAAUACCCCAAGGACUUGCGACUCGUAACAGUCUGGAAGUUCUCAACCUGAGGGACAAUCAGCUCACAGGGAAGGUCCUCGAGCCCGUGCCACCUAACGUGUGGAUCUACAAGCUGGACAACAACUACUUGAGUGAGGGGUUUUCCUCCCCCCCUCCAUGCGAGCAAGGCUACAUCACAUACCACAGCAACUGUGCAGACGUGCCAGCAGAGGGCCUUGCGUGUGCCACGGACGAGACUCAGCGGGCUGAGGAUGUGUGCGCUGCCUUCUGCAGUGUCUCUUCCACUUCACCCGCCUGCAACGGCCAUGGCGUGUGCUUCUUGGACGGCCCCAGCAACACGCCCACAUGCCUCUGUGACGACAACUUCGUGAUUGGGGAGUUUCCUGGCAGCUGCGUGCCCGUGGCAGGUGGUAAGACGGAGCAGCAGCAGACUCCCACAGCAGCCACGCUCACAGCCACUGGAGACGCCUCAGUGGAUGCUGCAACAGCCACGCUCACUCUCACGCCCGCCCAGCCGUCCAAGGCUGGCAGUGUGUUCCUGGCAGCGCGCGUGCCGCUCUUCUCCUACCAGGUCAUCGGGGACUCCUGCGGCCGCCAGCUCGCCUUCUCCUCCUCCUUCUCCUUCACUCUCACCCGCCCUGCUGCCUCCGGCUCCGAAGGCUUUGCCUUUGUGGUGGCCUUUGAUGCCACCCUGCCCACAACACCAGUGGCGGGCGGCAUGGGGUAUGCGGGGAUGGGAGCGCGCAGCGUGGCAGUGGAGUUUGACACGUCGAUGGAUGCGGGCAACAGCGACCCUGACAGCAACCACGUGGGCAUCAACACCGGCGGCAAUGUCACGUCCGUGGUCACAGCCAAGCCUAGCACCCCUCUCAAUGACGGCACGCCCAAGCACGUGUGGAUCGACUACGAUCCUUCCUCCGGUGGCUCUCUGCGCGUCUUCCUCUCCUCCCAGGCGUCCCCUCGCCCCACCACCCCCCUCCUGUCGGCACGCAUCUCCCUGUGUGAGGAGCUGGCCCCCUCCCCAUCGGAGUACACCUUUGCCAUCGGCUUCACUGCUGCCUCUGCCACCCAGCCUCAAACCCAUGUCGUCUCCGCCUGGACCCUCUCUACAAUUGCAGCGCGGGGCUUUACCUUCAGCGAGGCGGCGCUCUCUCUGUCGGGGAUGAAUCUCUUCUUCCGCUAUGCCAGCUCGGGCAGCGUUGCUGCUGAGGGUGGCAAUGACGUGUAUGGCGUGCGCCCUGCCACUUCAUGGGUCGGUCCAAACUUCAAAUGGCCUGUCAGGACACAGAGCGCUUGCGGCGACUGCUGGGCGUAUGCAGUGGUGGGCAGCAUCGAGGCAGCAUACAGCAUUCUGGCCAACACCUCAGCCGUGCAGCCGCUGUCAGUGGAGCAGCUGAAGGCCGCCAUGAAGGUCGGCUGCUCUGGCAGCACGCCCUCUCAGGCCUUCCAGCUGCUGCUCAAGCUGGCGCGCAAGGGAGGUGGGCUCGGGUUGGAGAGCCAGUGGCCGCCCAAGAAAGGCACGACCCCCACGAAGGCAGGCAGCAGCAGUCCUCUCUGCGCGCCGCUCGUGAAGUCACUGGCGAGGCUGCUUGGUGUGCCGUGUGGCAAGGGCAGCGACAACAUACGUCUUCCGGGUGGCUUCCCCAUCAAGGGCUUUGAGUCAACGUCUUUCUACGGCUGGUUUGGGCUGCUGCUGGCCGUGCAGCGGCAGCCAGUGGUGGUGCACAUUGAGGCUUCCACUGCGUCGUUUAAGAACUACGAUGGGCUGUACAAGUACCAGGACCCCGAUUGCUUCACGUUCAACCUGAACCACGUGGUGCUGCUGGUGGGGUACCGCCUGGUGGGCAAGGACUCGCGUUUCCCCAAAAUGGCGCCGCCCUUCUGGAUCAUCCGCAACUCGUGGGGGCCUGACUGGGGCGAUGGGGGCCACAUGCGCAUGGACAUCCAGGGGGGGGAUGGCGUGUGCGGCAUCAACUCGCUGCCAGGCCUCUACCCCGUGGUCAAAGCUUCCGCUGACCCCUGCAGCAUUGCCUCCCGCAAUGAUAGCACUGGUUCGUUUUUCAAUCCCUGUGGCAAGUUCACCUGCAUUGCGAAGGGCAAGACAAACGAGUGUGACUGCAACGACCCGCGCUUCAUCCAAGCAACCAACGCCGAUGGCUCUCGCACAUGCGCCUACAAGGAUGCAUGCAAGGCAGCCCAGCGCAACCCGUGUGCGGUGGGCACGUGUGUGAAUGACGGGGCGGGGUCGUACUCGUGUGUGUGUCCACCGGGCUUCAGGCAGGGCACCACCGUUGAGGGCACCUUCUCCUGUGCUCCAGGUACCUUCUCCUGUGCUCCAGGUGACACCAGCACCACCUACACCGUGCUCUCUCCCAACGUCCGCUGCUCCGACGUCUUCCCGGUCUACGGCCUCACGCUCGCCCAGUUCCAAGCCCAGAACCCAUCGGUGUCGUGUGCAGCACCCAUCCCACCCUCCACCGUUCUCAAUGUGGCCAGCCCAGCCUCUCUCACCCCCUGCUCCGUCUUCUACACCACUCAGCAGGGCGACACCUGUGAGGCCACAGCAAGCUACUUUGGGGUAGACUUCCAGGCGCUCAACCCCAGCUUGGACUGCAGCGCCAACGGCGGGCUGCUGCAGCCGGAGCAGGCGGUGUGUGUGGAGCGUACGGUUGAGAAAGUGGGGCUCAUCCCGGUGUGCUCGCAGUACUACCUGGUGCAGAGCGCAGAGACGUGCGAGUCCAUCCGCAACGUGCCCUUCCCCGCUUUAAGUCCCAUUGACUUCUUCCGUCUCAACCCCGGCAUCAAGUGCAACCGCCUCAUUCCAAACACCGAUGUUGGCAGCUUCACUGGCUUUGAGGCAUGCAUUGCGAGCUCCACGUCGUACACUCAGGGCACGUGCCCGCGUGCGAAUGCAUAUGUCGUGGGGACAGGCGACAGGUGCACGGGCCUUCAGGUGAAGUACUUCCGGGGCAUCAAGGGCUGCUACAGGAAAGUCAACGGAUACGACUGCAUCGACAAGCUCGUCAAAUCAACCCGCGUGUGCCUGCCCAACAAAGUCAAGCUCCAGAAAGGAGUGUGCGACAACUGA